AUCCUUGGGUUUUCUUCUGUUUCGUCUUGAUGAUACUAAGUAUGAUACUAAGUAGCCUUUGAUACCUUCAGUGUCACUUCACCUAUUCUAUAAACACUUACCACCAUGACCACGCCAGACUCUCUCCCGUCAAGCCAGCGUCUAGUACCCGGCUCUGUAGAUCUUCCUCUUGCACCAUGGCCGCCGACUAUCAAAGACGAGAGCGUAGAUGCACUCGCAGUGGCUUCCAAGGUUAUAAACUCCUUCAAUGAGUUGCUUUCGAAAAAGGACCACAAAGGCCUUGCAAACCUCUUUCUAGAAAGCAGCUAUUGGAAGGAUCACCUUGGCUUGACUUGGGAUUUCCAUACUAUGAAGGGAAGAGACAAGAUCACAUCGUUAUUAGACAAGGGCCAUCACUUAAAAGAUAUCCAAAUCGACAGGGAGCGUCCGGCUAAGAAUAACGGCCCAGAAAUAAUCCCCUUCCGGGCUGACGGGUCGGUCCGCGGCAUACAAUUCUUCCUACGGUCCGCUACCGAGCAUGGUUUUGGUGCCGGAUAUGCCCGUCUCCUCCAAGAAAACGGCGAAUGGAAAUUUUGGACGCUUUACACAACCAUGCAUGAGUUCUAUAACCACCCAGAGCCGGUCGGUCCCUUACGACCAAAUGGUGCCACGCAUGGCGCCAACUCCGGGAGAAAAAACUGGCUCGAACGAAGGCAAGAUGAGAUAAACUUCGUGCACGGUGACCCUGACGUACUCAUAAUUGGUUGCGGACAAGCCGGGCUCUCCUUACAAGCCCGCCUAAAGAUGAUGAAUGUCCCAACUCUCGCAAUCGACGUGUGCGAUAAUGUGGGUGACAACUGGAGGAAUAGAUACCAGCACCUUGUCCUCCACGACGCGAUAUGGUACGACCAUAUGCCGUACAUAAAAUUCCCGGAUUUCUGGCCCAUAUUCACCCCUAAGGAUAAACUAGCCCAAUUUCUACAGUCGUACGCUGAACAGCUCGAGCUCAACGUGUGGAAUAACACGAGUCUUGAGUAUAGCAGCUGGGACGAGGAAAAGAAGCAGUGGGUUGCAGUUGUCAAGCGGAAGAAGAAGGACGGGACCGUCGAAGUUCGUGUACUGCAUCCGAAGCACAUUGUCCAGAGCACUGGUCACUCUGGGAAGAAGAAUGCACCGGCUUUUAAAGGUAUGGAAAGCUUCAAGGGCGAUGUGCUCUGCCAUUCAUCGGAAUUCAAAGGCGCCAAGAGGAACGCCAAAGGGAGGAAAGCAGUUGUGAUUGGUGCUUGCAACUCGGCGCUCGAUAUUUCUCAAGAUUUCUACGAGAACGGGUACGACGUGACCAUCAUCCAGCGGUCGUCGACAACCGUAAUGAGUAUACAGGCAGUAAUGGAUCUAUUACUCAAACCCGGAUACUACGAGGGUGGCCCUCCAACAGAGGAGGCCGACCUUCUUUCGUGGGGAAGGCCAGGAGAGAUCUACAAGGCAGCCCAGGCCGACGUCAACGAGCUGCAACAAGUAGUCGACAAGGACGUCCUCGACGGUCUCAACAAGGCGGGCUUUAAGACCGACCGUGGUCCGAUGAACUGCGGGUUAUGGAUCAAGUAUCUGCAGCGCGGCGGGGGCUACUACAUCGACGUGGGCGCUUCGCAGCUGAUCAUCGACGGCAAGGUGAAGGUGAAGCACGGCGUUGGCGUUAGCGAGAUUCUUCCACACGGCGUGAAGCUUGACGACGGGACUGAACUAGAAGCGGACGAAAUUGUCUGCGCGACGGGAUACCAGAACAUGAGAACGGCUACCGAAGUCAUCUUCGGAGAGGAGGUCGCUAGUAAGGUACCUAACGUGUUUGGUUACGAUGAGGAGGGCGAGAUGAGAGUCAUGUGGCGACCUAGUGGUCACCCCGGCCUCUGGCUUCAUGGAGGCAAUCUUGCCCUGUGCCGAUACUUCUCCAAGCUCGUCGCCGUCCAGAUUAAGGCACAGUUAGAAGGGCUAUCUAAGCCGUAAGAUGGCAUAUGUGUAC